UGGCAUAUUUUUAUAAACAUAUACGUACUCGAUGAAAGAAACUUUAUUAUAAGGUACCUACCUAUUACAAAUCAAAACGGUAGUUCUUUAUUGUUGAAAACUCCUGUGUAAUUUUUUUUUAUUAUUAUAUAAGCAUGGACUGGCCAAGCGUAAAAAAUAGUCACUAUUAGAAACUUAUAUCAUUUUAUUUUGCAAAACCAUUUGUCGUUACCAUUGGGGGAUUAGUUUACUUGGUGCAACGGUUCUCAGUGUAAAUUUCAAUCCAGCGAAAAAACGUUCGGUCUAGUUAUUUCAAAAUCCAUUAUGUUACGGUUUGUGUUGUUGAUGAGUUUUUUCUUCAGCUUUUGUUUAAGUGUGAAAUCACAAAAUAUAUCCAAAGAUUCACAUGCAGCCCUGUCUUCUACACCAAAUUUCGAUUCGCCUUCAGUUUACCAGGUAACUCAACCUGUGGAUCAUUCAGAAGGUCCCAUGUGGGAUGGCAGGAAAAAUAUCUUGUAUUACGUGGAUAUCCAUUCAGGCCGAGUACUGAGCUACAAUUAUAACACAAAAAAAGUCAACUUUAUUACUCUAAAAGGAGCAGUUACUCCUGUAAUUCCUGCUAAAAACAAUGAAAACAUUUUACUAGUUGGCUUGGACAGGUCAUUGGUUGCUCUAGAAUGGGACGGAGAAAAUGAGCUGGGAACACAAAGAACUUUGACUACAGUCUCGCAGCAAUUCCCACAAAGCCGUUUCAACGAUGGUAAAGCAGAUAAACGGGGACGUGUUUGGAUAGGUACCAUGGGUCAUGAAAAUGCGCAAACAAGAUCUCUAGACUCAAAUCAGGGCAUUCUUUACAAGAUGACCAGAGACAGUCUUAUAAGACCCAGAGUCGAAGUAGCACCUGUGAAUAUAAGUAAUGGUUUGAGCUGGAAUAAAGCCAACAAUAAGAUGUAUUAUAUUGAUACACCUACACGAAAAGUGAUGGAAUAUGAUUAUGACGAUGAAAAAGGUGAAAUUUCAAACCCCAGAAUAGCUGUAGACAUAACGAAAUAUACGACUUUGACUGGUAAUCCUGACGGUAUGACCAUCGAUCAAGAUGAUAAUCUCUGGAUAGCACUUUAUUCUGGCGGAUCCGUAAUUAGAGUUAACCCAAAAAAUGGACAACUUUUACAGGUAGUUCCUAUACCAGCCAGAGAUGUAACAUCGGUGAUGUGGGGCGGACCAAACUUGGACAUUCUUUUUGUAACAACAUCCAGAUUACAUUUGACUGAAAACGAGAGGAAAGUGUUUCCUGCUGCAGGCAGCGUUUUCGCUGUAACUAACUUGAAACGGAAAGGGACGCAAACAUAUUAUGCGGAUUUGGUGGAUUCAGUUAGAAGAUCGAAUCUUAUUGAUGCGAUUUUGCAAAAUACGAAUGAGUUAUUUGCUCCAGCGCCUGAAGAUGUUAAUAACUACCUUACUGUUGAUAAUUCACAGAAGAAGAGAACUGUGGAAAAGGAAGAUGUCCCGUUUUGGAUGGCCAUGAUUAAUACAAUUAGAAGUAUAUUUUGAAAAUUGGUGUAAGGGAAAUAAAAUUGCUUGUAAAUAAAUUGUGUUUAAAUUUUGUAUAACCGGCUACCUACCUUUUAUUCCGGCUCAAUAAAUAGUAAAAGAAACUCUUAACACUUUUAUACUUUUAUAAAAAAAAAAUUAUUGAAUAAUCGAAAUAAUCAAUUAGACUUAAAAAGUAUCCUGAAGAUAUUCCAUUAAAAAGCCAUGUUUAUCCUUGAGAAAACGAUUUGAAUGUUAGUAUUUGAGUUUAAUUUCAAAAGUUAAAUUUAGAUUCGAGCUAGUUAA